UCUUCUCCUUCCCACAAAUAAAGAACAUCCUCUGGCAAAGCCAGAAAACGAAAUGGAGUAUCUAAGAAAGUCUUCUCUUUGGGCAUUGCCAACAUUUUUGCUUUGUGUUUUCAUAGUUUUUACCAACAAUAUUAAUGGCGUCAAUGCUUCCCACAAAGUUUUUCCAGAGUUGCAAUCUACUAUCCCUAUUGAUGUAGAAAAUGUCCACAGAACUGGUUACCAUUUUCAACCACCUAAAAACUGGAUCAACGAUCCCAACGGCCCAAUGUACUAUAAUGGUAUCUAUCAUCUAUUCUACCAAUACAACCCAUAUGGAUCAGUUUGGGGAAACAUUGUUUGGGCCCAUUCAGUCUCAACGGACUUGAUUAAUUGGAUCCCACUUGAGCCCGCAAUCUACCCAUCAAAAGUAUUUGACAAAUAUGGUACAUGGUCUGGAUCAGCCACAAUUUUGCCAGGCAACAAGCCCAUUAUUCUCUACACUGGAAUUGUUGAUUCCAACAAGACCCAAGUACAAAAUUAUGCAAUCCCGGCCGACUUGUCCGACCCAUUUCUCCGUAAAUGGAUCAAGCCCGAUAACAAUCCGUUAAUCGUCGCCGAUAUUACCAUCAACAAGACCCAAUUUCGUGACCCAACAACAGCUUGGUUGGGCCAAGAUGGUAAUUGGAGAAUCACAAUAGGCAGUGUGUGGGAAAAUAAGGGAAUAGCAUUAUUAUACAAAAGUAAGGAUUUCAUGAGGUGGACUAAGGUCAAAAGUCUACUUCAUUCGGCUAAUAACACUGGAAAUUGGGAAUGUCCUGAUUUUUUUCCAGUGUUAUUGCAUGGUACUAAUGGUUUGGAUGCUUCAUACAAUGGCAAAAAUAUUAAGCAUGUUCUUAAGGUUAGCCUUGAUGUUACGAGGUUUGAGUACUACACAAUUGGUACUUAUGACACCAAAAAAGAUAGGUACGUUCCGGACAACACUUCUGUCGAUGGGUGGAAGGGAUUGAGACUUGACUAUGGAAAUUAUUACGCGUCCAAGUCAUUUUAUGACCCUAGCAAGAAUCGAAGAGUUAUAUGGGGUUGGGCUAACGAAUCAGAUACUGUUGAUGACGAUGUCAAAAAGGGAUGGGCUGGAAUCCAAACUAUCCCUCGCAAACUAUGGCUUGAUCCAAAUGGAAUACAAUUGGUCCAAUGGCCUGUUGAAGAAUUAAACACUCUAAGAGAAAAAAAGGUCCAACUAAAAAAUCACAAGUUGAAAAAGGGAGAAAUGAUUCAAGUUAAAGGGAUCACACCUGCACAGGCUGAUGUUGAAGUGACUUUCUCCUUCUCAAGUUUGGAUAAAGCAGAGCCAUUUGAUCCAAGCUGGACUGACCUUUACGCUCAAGAUGUAUGUGCUAUUAAAGAUUCGACAGUGCAAGGUGGAGUUGGGCCAUUUGGGCUCCUAACUUUGGCUUCUGAAAAAUUGGAAGAAUAUACGCCUGUAUUUUUCAGAGUUUUCAAGGCCCAAGAUAAAUAUAAAGUUCUCAUGUGUUCUGAUGCUUCAAGAUCAACACUUGAGAAUGACAAGACAAUGUACAAACCAUCAUUUGCGGGAUAUGUAGAUGUAGAUUUGACAAAAAACAAGAAAUUGUCUCUGAGGAGUUUGAUUGAUCACUCAGUAGUGGAAAGUUUUGGUGCCGGAGGAAAAACAUGUAUUACAUCAAGAGUUUAUCCAACAUUAGCAAUAUAUGAUAAUGCACGUUUAUUUGCCUUUAACAAUGGGACAGAGAACAUCAAAAUUGAACUGAAUGCAUGGAGCAUGGGUAAACCUAAGAUGGACUGGUCAUUUGGUCACUCUUCUUAUUGAAGCUAAUACUUGUAUUUAGUUCCACAUUAAUGUUGGCGUAUUUGUCUGUUCUUUUUGGUUUGAAACAUCGGAGACUUACUAUUUUUUUUCAUGUCAAGUUCUGGAAAAUGUUGUAGUGUAGUCUCUACUUCUAUCCUUAUUCUGACAGUAGACAGACAAUGUUCUUAAAGUUUGUGAAUGUGUAAGAAUUCGGGUUUUUUUUUUGCCGUUAAAAAGAAUUUAGCAAGGGAAUAUGGUUCUUUAUCA